AUGCCUAAGUGCGCUCCGCGACCUAGGGAGCCCUCUCGCAGGGAACAGCGGACGUUAUCGAGACAACAAAGCGCCGCAUACCUCGCUCGUAUAACUUCCGCCAGGCCUCUUGCAGACAAAUCUUCUCAGCUCAACAUCUACAGAGAUACCCAAGCUACGAUACACUCUACCCCCACAAAGUUACUACCAUCUUCGACAAGGAGAUCCACUGGCCGUCGCCGCGACAAACCUAUCAUCAUACCCGUCUCUCCUUCUCCUGCGUCGCGAAGCCGCCGAGCCAAGGGAUCCCUCAGACGAAAAGCACGCAAAGAAUCGACCACGCCAGCUUCUUCCAUCUCUCGUCGAAGUAGUUCUGUCUCGCUCAGCCAGUAUCACACGGCGAGGACUGGCGGUGACGAGAUUCAACAACUGCUUCAGGCUUUUCAAACCCGCGUCGCUCGUACUGCUAUCGAGAUCGGUGACAAGGCGGACAAGCUAGCUGUUUCUCGUGUCAACGCUGGUUCGAACAGCUCCUCUAGGAAGAAACUACGUUCUCCUCUUCCUAGGGCCCCACCGUCACCUCAACGUACUCCCAAGUUAGCCGCCGCCUCUCCUCGCAAACGCUCUCGGCCGCUCAAUGUCCGCCCCACCGUCUCUGAGGACCUUUUCUCACCUGCUCGCGUCACUGCCACUUCAAAAGCCAAGGAGAACGUACCUACCGCUACCGAAGUGCCGAAAUCGCCGGGCCUCCGUCUGCGGAAAUCCUCGAAGGAGAACAUCCGCUUGAAGCCUCGCGAAGUACCACUUGUAGUCGGUGGCCGCCGUCAUGUCAUCGCGAAACGCAAACCUAGGAAGCCUUCAGUUACUCCUACCCCGCUUGCAUCGAGCCCCUCUAAGUCACAGCAAGAACAAGCCGUCGCAAUCAAGGACCGUCCCAGCGGUACACGUACUUCAGCUCUUCCUCUUACGCCUACGCAGAAACAACACGUCGCUCAGAAAAACGUCCUCGCUCCCAAACAGCAUUCAGUCACUGCUCGCACCUCUCUGGCAUCCACAAGGUCUCUAGAGACAGCUCUUGCACCCGUUACGAGACCUCCCUCCAGGCAAUCAGAACAUUCGCAGGUUAUACUUCAUCCUAGACCCCUCGAAGCCUUGGUCAUUACACCCGACGGUUCUGCCCCCACCAAGCAGUCCACCCCGAACAGCAAGAAGCUUCGCCCUGUCAUUCGUGCAGUUCAAAGGUCACCUAAACCUACCACAGAAUCUCCCCGCAUCGUGCCCAUCCGUCCCAAACUCCUCACUUCGUCUAAUAAGUCUUCGCCUUCGCCUCUCAAGCCUAAACCUCUCUCCACGGCGCUCCACGCUGAACGGACACUUUCCAGUCGCCGGUCGACAUCCGCUGUCCCUCGCCCGCCGUGGCCGACAGAGACGUCUGCGCCACUGGUGCGCUCGGGGAUUGCGGCAACGGACGUCACUGCCUCCGAGGCUCUGCCACUGCCUCGAGACAAGAGCAAUCUGGCCUUGUCGACCUCGGACGUCCGUCCUGUCUCGGCAGUGCCCGUCCCACAAGAGAAUAUCCCUAUCCAACCUUGUAGCACAAUAGCAGAUCCACUCCCCGAAGCUAUCCCUUCGGCCAAAGCCAGUACUCACAAUUCCUGCGGUCCUCCGACUAGUCGCGUUCUCCCUGGUGCAUUCCCGACACCGCCGCCAUCCCCUGCCCGUAGCCCAACUACACACGCUGUUCCAUCCGCCUUUUCUUGGUCACUCUUCGCCCGUGCAUCCAAUAAGGAUGCCGUUGAUACUGGGAGGACUACUGGAAGUGAGACUGCACGGAAGAAGGGAGGGUUGAGGGCGAUCGAGAAGAUGGUGAAGGCCGUGUGGCGGCCUCCUUGGAGAGGUUGA